AUGCAAAGCUCAAGGGCUGCCACCUCGUAUGAUGAAAUCGCACGAAAAAGAGCAGGUGAUUUAAGUAGCAAAGAAACCCCUUUUCGUUUUUUUAAUAAUUAUGUUAAGAAGACUCUUAUUCAAUUUGCUCUAGAUCAUAUAAAGCGUGAAACUAAUUCUCGUGACGCUAUCGUGUUGGAUUUGGCGAGUGGAAGGGGUGGUGAUAUGGGCAAGUGGCUUUAUUCCCAAAGUCCAGAACUAAGCUUUGCGACGGCAAAGUUACCUCGAGAGCGUUUAGUCAAGACUGUCUUUCUUGAGUGCCACGAUAUCUCUCCAGAGUGUGUUGCUGAAGCUCAGAAAAGGUACGACAAACUUGCUUCAGGAGUUGAAUGCAAGUGUACUUUUGCCGUUAGCGAUUGUUUCAGUGAGGAAUUCCUUUGUCACCAACUGCCGUCUUCAGAUCAUUAUGGUAAGUUCAAUGUGGUUUCUAUCCAAUUCGCUUUUCACUACGCAUGUGAUUCAUUAGAGCGCAUUGAUAUGCUAAUGGCAGCUAUAGCUGGUGCUUUAUCUCCUGGCGGUGUUUUUAUUGCAACAACGGUAGAUGAUGAGAUAUUGGCUGAAAGGGUCCGUGAGAAAAAAUUGGAAUACAAGGGGCUCUUUGCCCUGCAGUUUGACAAGGAACCUCAAUGGGACGGGGCUUUGCUCGCACUAGGUACGAAGUAUCGCUUCGCAUUAGAGGGCUUUGUAGACUGUGAUGAAUAUGUGGUGCCUUUAUCGUAUGUUCGAGAACGUGCAAAGCAUUACGGCAUGGAGGAAGUGGUAGAGUUUUCAAAACCUUUCCAAUCAUUUUAUGCCGAUUAUAAAAAUGAUACGAAUAAAAACAAGGGACUUUAUUUGGUUCGUGGAGAAAUGGAACUUGCCACGUUAUACCGUUCCCUAUGUUUUCACAAAAUCAGAUAG